AUGAUUGAACAGCACCUUGUUGAUGAAUUAGAAUCAGAUAAAGGGCCAGCGGACUUGAUGCUGAGAUUUGUCAGCAGGGAGGAAGGAAAGGGUAAAUCAGGUGCAAGGAACAUUCAUGAGCUCUUUUUGGUUUUAAGGUCCGAGGAGAUCCUAAAAGGGGAUGAAUUAGGUUCACACAAAUACAUUCCUGAACGUGAAGGAGCAGUAACAGACCAUAUGAGCUGCAACUUUCUGAGCCGUCCAUGCUUUGGGAAGAAAAUUAAAUGCCCUACUCAGUGCCCUCUUAAAUCACCCUCUGACCCAAAUGCCAAAGUUUGCUCUCUUGACUGUGCUUCUCCCGUAUGCAGCACCGCAAACCAAACUGCAUUGGUCGUGGAUCAGCAUGCUUAG